UACAAGUCAAUCAGAUAGUCCACAUUUUCCACGGAACGUCGAUAUUGUUCGGCGGAUAAAGCCUCGCCGUGUAUUGCUGGGAAACGAAACACGUAAAAAAGAAAAAAUAUAAAUAUAAAAAGGGCUCGCCUCGUAUACAAAGCACGAUGAAGCUGGAGCUGUCCCGUGUGGCUCAGGGAGGAUGGCGUCUGGGUGUCUUAAAAGAGCUCGGAAAGACCAGACGACACACCCUGGAGGUCCCCGGCUGUCUACUGUACACACGCUGCGGCACAGUGCCACACCUCACACAGGACACACUCAACACGCUGCGCAACCUUCCCCCGGUCACCCAGGUCACGCUCUCCACAAUAGCAGAGCAUCAGGAAGUGCUGGAGGAGUUUAAGGAUGGCUUCAGAAAGUUUGCAGGUCUUCAUGACACGGUGUUGUACUGCUCGCUACACGAUCCUGCGACUGCAUGCCGUACAGGUCACAUAACAAACAAGACGGUGUCAGUGUGGGGCAGCGGCGGUAGGAUAGAGCUGACGGUAGCCAAAUUCAUGGCCCUGCAGAAGGCAGUGCAGCCAGACUGGUACCAGAGCAUGGCUGACGGCGAGACAUGGCAGACCGACACCUCUCGAAAACGUGUCCGCAAAUCAGUCGACCGAACUCUUGCCCACCUAGACGAAAUUUUGCUUAUACAUCAUAAAACACAGGAGCUGCAGGGACUGGAUGUGUUUGGGGUGGUGGAGGGAGGCGACAUCCUUGAGGAACGGGUCCGCUCAGCCAGGGAGACAGCCAAAAGGCCUGUGGCAGGAUUCUGCCUGGACAGCCUCCAGACAGGCUCCAUGGACCAGGUCCUGAGGACCCAACUCAUCACUGCUGUGACCAAAGAGCUGCCAGAGGACAAACCCAGACUGCUGCAGGGUGUAGGGAGGCCCGACGAGGUGCUGGCAUGCGUAGAGGCGGGUGUGGACCUGUUUGAGAGCUUCUUCCCCUUCCAGGUGACAGAGCGAGGCUGCGCUCUCAGCUUCAACUUCGACAUCUCCUCGGACCCAGAGCGAGCAGUGUUGGAGAUGGGUGAAGAGAGUGGCACAGCAGGGGACUCUCAAGAGAAUGGAGCCGUUAAUCCUGAUGACCAAACACAGAUGACAUCCUUUGAGAUCGACCUGAAAGACGAGAGGUACAGGGAGGACUUCCGGCCCUUGGUGGAGGGGUGUGGCUGCUACUGCUGCAGGAGCCACCAGAGGGCAUACCUGCACCAUCUGCUGGUGACCAAUGAGCUCCUUGCAGGGGUCCUUCUCAUGAUCCACAACACGGCCCACUACCAUGCUUUCUUCAGUGCCCUGAGAGAGGCCCUGGCCCACGACAAAUUGGACCUGCUCAAGAGAAGAGUUCUGAACAGAGGGGGGGAUGGACAGGAAGAAAUAAGUCCACUGGAGGGGGGAGAUAAAGGGGAGUAAUUUGAGUAAUGUUCAUUCUUACUUGGUUUAAAGAGCGCUGAGCUAACUCAACCCCGGGGAAGGGGGGGGGGUCACCACUUCCACCAUCACAUAUCAACAACAAUCACCUUUUCCCAUCCAUUCGUGUCGGAGGUGUAACUGAAGACACCGAUGUGAGCUGGACACUGAGCAGGCGCACGAGGUCACUGUUGGGAUGAAGGGGGACAGGGAGGAAUACGUCAUAGAUGGCCAUCGUCUUGGGGUAUCUGUCCAGAUUCUCCAUCAGUACCACUUCUUUAAACCUGUGUACUGAUGUGAGGGACUGGCAGGGAGGCAGUCAGUCAGAAAAGAGAGGGCGAAACCGGGGCAGGGGUUGAGCAACAGGUCAAGUCGGCAAGCAAGAGGAAAAAAAGAAAUGAUCUCGAGUAGGGGAACGAUGGCCAAGUAUCGACCGUGACCACAUCCGCGUGUGCCUCCUGUCGUGGUUUUAUUUCAGGUCAGUGGAUGACUAAUGUUCCCUGGACUCAUUAACAUAGAACAGCAAUGCAAACCAGAGGGAGAACAACAAGCACAAGCUAUAAUUGCUGCAAUAGAAGAAAUGGACCAAUAGAGCAUGCUAUGGCUUACUGAAAUACAUUGAAAAGUCACACGUCCGAUAGGAUUAACCUGAAGCAUUGUUUUGUCUCUCUCGAAGACAGGUGGACGUUGUGCCAUGCCAUUUCCUAUUGAUGUCAUACAGUAUUGAUCAGUUUUCCAAUUUCCUUUUUUUUUUUCCUUCCCAUCAAAGGAGCCUUUUUUUUCCUCUCCCCUCCAGAUUCCAUGAAUAUUUUCUAUGCCUGUCAACAUUUUAAUGAGCUUGGCUUUGCCGUGUGUAAUAAAGUGAAA